AUGCCCCAUGUUGGCUUUCAGCGAGGUGCAAGAAACGUCGAUUCCUGCCUCACAGAGCGCGCCUGUAGCUGCGCCAACCUCGACGGGAUCUCCAAGCGCGGUUCCCGUGCCAUGUGCCUCGAGGGCGCUGCGUUUGUUUUGAGUGACGAGCGAGUCUUGAACAGCGACAAUAAGCCGCCGCUGCGCAGAUCCGUUAGGAGCGGUCAGACUUGCGCUCGGUCCGUCGUUUUGCACCCGUGUCGCGUCGACCUCAAAUCGAGCAACUUCACCCACGGACAACAAGAUGGACACGGAGCCCUCCCCGCGACAAUACCCGUCUCCUCUAACAUCAAAGGCCCGAGCAGCCCAACGCCGGAAGCAAUCGCAUCCGGGCACUCGCGGAGUAUCAAGGCGGCAGAUGCAAGGUUAGCCAAGAAUUCCUACGAAAACACCGAUAUCCUGUUCACGACCACUCGAUGUUUUCUUGCAGGAUUUCAGCAUAGAAUCUGCCCCUUCGAGGAGCAUGAUAAAAUGACAGUCCAUGUUUCGUGCUUGAUGGGGGGGAAUACCAAACACAUGAUACUCCAAGAUAUUGACGCCAUAUUGAUUUCUCGUCCCGCUGUUCCUAGAGGCACGGGAGGAUCGGUUCUGGGAGACACACGCAUAGAUGUAGUCACCUCCUACAGGAUCGAACACGCAACUGACGCCCUCGUGCGAUGUGUAGUCCAUAACGCGCUCGGUGAACCAGAGCAAAAUAAGCGGUCUGAUAAUUAUUACCGAGAGCUACGAAGUCAACAAAAUCUUUUUGGGCUCAAAUUGUCUGCCAAGGACAAACCAACGGCCGCGACCUGUAGGAUGACCAUACCCGCCACAACGACAUUUUUGUCUUCUCUCAGAUAUUCUGACAUACUGCCCACGCGAAUUGCUUUCAUCAAGUGCUCAUCUAAACGAACAUAUCCGUGGUCAAUUUGGCUCUCAUCAACGGUGGGCGUCUCGAUAUUCGGGAUGUGUAGCCUAGAUUGGAGAUGGUCGCUGGAUCACGCCUCCCUUCCUCAUUACCUCUUGAUGUCUAUCAGGGAAAAUCGCGCGAUCCAUGAAAGACUCAGCAAAGCACACGACCUCCAGCGCCGCCGCUCAGCUGAACAUGAAAAGGGGAUUCACUCCCCGCGGCAGGUUGCCAUAGUUGAAUGUUGUCCCAGUGGUACAGACGCGCCAAUCUGUCACAAGCGCGAACGCGACACCCCCUCCAAUGAGCUUUCCAUGAACUGCACCGAACUUCGGCACAGAGAGUCGACGAAUGUCUCAGGUGACGCGCGAAAAUUCCCGGAGAAACGAUACGAAAGCUUCUUGCUGUAG